AUGGCACCAGUGAUGGAAGAGAAGAGGAAGCAGAGGCACCUAAGUUGCCCCAGUGAUGGAAGAGAGGAAGAAGCAGUUGAGCCUAACCCCCGUACCAGCUCUGACUGCAAUCAAGCAGGUCCUCUAGGCAAGUGGGCAUUGAAGGGCAGGCAGCCUUUCUUGAUAAAUAGAAGCAACAAUCAUAUGGAGAACCAAAUAGACACCCAAAUGGAGCAAAGGAAGGGCCGCAGAUUGGUACUUUUUCCAUUGCCAUUCCAAGGCCAUAUAAACCCUAUGCUACUACUUGCAACCAUUCUUCACUCCAAAGGCUUCUCCAUCACAAUAAUACACACAAACUUCAACUCUCUCAACCCUUCAAACUUUCCCAACUUUACAUUCCACUCCAUCCAAGAUGGCAUCUUGGAAUCUGAAGCCUCUUCAAAAGAUGUUGUAGCUCUUGCUAAACUCCUCAACACCAAAUGUGUAGAGCCUUUCCGGGAUUGCAUGGAUAAGCUCUUGUCUGAUGCCUCAGAGGAACCUAUUUCUUGUUUAAUCUCAGAUUCUCUCUUUUACUUCACUCAAGCUGUUGCUGACAGUCUUAAGCUCCCAAGGGUUGUUUUGAGGACUGGUGGUCUUUCCUCUUUUGUUGUUUUUGCUGCAUUUCCACUACUAAGGGAAAGGGGUUACCUCCCCAUACAAGGAAAACUUUGAAGCUUCAACCAACCCAAAAACUAGCAGUCCAGAUUUUGGGCAGAGUAAUGAGGUAAAAUAGUUAGAUCAAUGGUGGCAAGUGCACCUUGGAAUAGCUGGACCAUUUUUGCAAAACUAGAAGUAUAAUUUUUAUUUAUUUAUUUAUAUUUUAUUUUAUGUACUCGAAGUAUAAAAUUAUUGUCUCAAGUGACGAUUCCUUUGACAUUUUCUUUUCUUAAAUCACAUGUCCAAACUUACGCAUGGACAAAUAUGUACAAACCCAUUUCACUUUGCUGACUUCUCAGCACUUGUCCAACAAGCUCAUUUAAUGAGUUAGAAUCGGCUCAAUAUGUAAUGCAAUUGAUGCAAUCGUUUAAGACCUCCAAAUAAAAAAAAUGCCUCACUUGUAAAAAAAAAAUUAUAUAUUUUAAAUAACAAAUUUUAAACACUUUUAUUAGUAAAUAAAAUGCAUUAAAAAUGCUUUAUUGUAUCUUAAAAUAUAGAAGAUUUAGCCAUAAAAUGAUUGGAGUACAGGCCGGAGACACUCAAAAAAAAAAAAAACAAAAGAAAAAGAGUACAGGCUGGAAUGCACAGCCUGCACUGCACAGGCGCACGGGCUGCACAGUGCGCAACUGUGCAGUGCAGCCCAUAUAAGACAACCGGUUUCUCACUUUUUUUAUUUUUUUAAUUUAUCUGAACAGGAUUUCUCAUUUUAUUUAUUAUUAUAAAUUAUUAUAUCAAUUUUGCAUCUUAAAAAAUAAGGAAAAUAGAUUUUAAAUAAAAAAUUCAAAAAAUACAUUAUUUGAUUAAUAUUUAAAUAUAAAAGUACUCAAUUUAAAAUUUUUAUUUAAAACUCUCAAAAUUGUUGAGCCGGGGCUGUAAUGAGCUAAGCAAAAGAGUGGGCUGGACAUAUGGGCGUCGGCACCCGACAGUAGACCCAUGCUCAAGAAAUACAUUUUUAAAUAUGAUACAGUGUCUUACCUAUUGAAUAGGUAGCUUUGUAGGAAAAGUUUUGUACGAGUACUGUAUUACUUUUUCUACGAAACAAAAAGUAGAAAAAAGAAAAAGAAAAAGAAAAGAAGAAAAACAA